AUGCAUGGAAGAAGUACCGACCUCAGUGAUCGGGUUGACGAGAAUGGCGUCUCUUCUAGAGGAAGAAGCGAACUAUCGGCAAUGUUGAGCGGGCAACAACCGCAUGCGCGGCUCGUUUCGCAUAGAUCUUCUUUACGUCUUCCGGGAAAGAGCUUGUACACCGUACCGGAAAACCAAAAUGAGGAAAUCAGCGAAGAAAAUGCCGACAAUAAAACUUCCAGAGUGAAUGUUAACCGACAGCGGAGCUCUGCUGCGAGUAUCUUGCUGAACAAUUUAAAAAACAAGCGAAACGCGAACACUGUUUCGCUAAGGGAUUCGAAUGGAAUCAUAGCUGCUGGCAGCAAUACCACAAUGACAGGAGGCCAGAGGCCGUCAAUUGAGGUAAUUGUGGGUGACCCUGGGCCUCUGCGUCGACAGAAAUCUUUAGAAAACCCUAUUCAUCACUACGAGAUUCAGCGAAACGUGACAGCGCGGCCCAAAAGUCUAAGCACCACAGAAACUCCGACGGUAAGAUCUGACUUGAGUCCUCUUGUAAGAACGAAAUCUGCUCUGAGGUUCGAGAUAAUCGAUAACAAGCGAGCAGACAGCAGAAUUGAAUUUUCUGCGCCAAAAAAAGAGCGAGCCAGUGGCAUUGAUUAUAAACACGGAGGCAAGUUUUUCCCACAGGGUGAGAUGGAUGCUUCGCUUGAAUCGGAUAAUGUAGACAAACGUCCUAAACUCAAUGAAGACGAACAGGGUCUGAGUGACAAAAAUUUAGAAUCUCUGCUGGAAGGGGCUAUCGCCGAAGACAUCUUUUCGAGAGUGUACGCUCUGGACAACAAAUUCGAAGAAGCUGCUGAAGUAGAAUUACCCAGCUAUCUGAGCUCGGGUCCCUCUCCACUGACGACCCCGGGAGUCAGAAAGUUGUCUCGACAAGAUUCCGACACCAUAGAAGACUUCCAAAGAGACCUGGAUAAGUAUUCUCGAGAAAGUUCUGGCGUUGGCCACAUGACGCGUCUCCAGAUGAAAAUGGAUGCGAUGAAGAGCAAAUACGACAGUUUCGUCAUCAAUAGAAGAAUUUCAGCGGACUCGUCAACAAUAUUCGGAGCUGGCUACGAAGCAAGCUCUUCUGGGAGCUCUACGUUUGGACUUGAGCGCGAAAGCCACAGUGACAAGGAUUGGGAAAGAGACUUAGAUUCUCCCGACGGGAGAGCUAGAAAUCAACCAGCCAAGUUUUGGCUGAACGCAGAUUUGGGAUCAAAGCUGUUAACAGAAUCGAUGUCAAAUCAGCUUAGAAGCAUUGAGCGGUUUCCCAGCAGCGGAAUUGUUGGCGAAAAAGUGAUGCUGUCAAGGAUAAAGGAAAUCGCGGCGAACCAGGAGAACAUAGCGUCUAAACGGCCAACGAGCCCGAGCCCGAUUGCUACCAGAAAGUCUGAAACCAACGGUAAAAACGGGACCCGACCCAAUAUGAAGACGGGCGAAGCAAACAAACCGUCGUUUGAAGAGCAGUUCAGGUUCGUAAAAGGCAACGCAAGGGUGGACGACGAUGGCCUAACGAGCCUUGAAAUGGGUUUCAUCAAAGAUGAUGUGCUAAGAAGACACAUGGCACUGGGCAAAACCGCCACAUACAAGAUGUGGCAUGCUUCGGAGGCUUUUGAGUUCAAACAGGUAGCAUCUAUGGCCAACUUACAGAAUUUUGCACACAUUUCAGAAGCGUCUAGAAAAGACACGAACAGCAGCUCGUCGCCGCACAUGUCAAGUCUGAGCAGCGAUUCUGACUUCUUGAGCCGUUUCGAUGCAGAGGGUUCUUUGACAGGCCAAGCGCGUCGCCAUAGCCAGCUGAGAACCUAG